CGAGAAAAUAUCCCCCCCCCCUCCCGAGGACCACAAAACUCUUACCUCUUCGCUUCCAGUUCAAAACCUCUCUCCUCUCUCUCUCUCUGUACCCCUGAAGCCAUGCUCGAAGCAUCGGUGACCGGUGCGCCGUCGAUCUGGGCGACCAUGAACAGCUGGUUAACGCCCAGCGUCUUCUUCGUGCUCCUCAACCUCAUGAUUGGCACCAUUUUCAUCAUCUCCAGCCUCAGCCCCCACAAGCCCAAGGAGGGAGAAGAACAGGAGCCACACCAGCAGCAGCAUCUGCAGCAGCAGCAGCAUUAUUACGAAGAGAGCCCAAGAUCCCAGCAGCUCCCCAGAUCUCCAUCCGUGCUGCAGAGGCUCAAGUCCAUUCGCUUUUACAACUUAAGAUCCCAAGAACCCGACACCCAUUUCGGCAGAGCCCCUGAAGUGGAGACCCAUUAUGGGUUCUCGCAGCAAAGUCCCGAGCUUGAGCGAGAACAAGAGCGGGGAAGCGAAAAGGCGACGCCUUUCUUGGCCAGAUCUACUUCCGUGCUGGAGAGGCUCAAGUCCUUCGACCUCUACCGAUAUGUGUCCCGAGAAGGCUUCUUUUCGCCGACCCACGGCAGCUCUGAGCAACCCCUGAGGCGAGAACAACAGGGAGCCCAAGACGAGGAGGAAGAACAAGUUGACCCGGCUGGAGAUGAAGAACUAGAAGAGCCGGAACUGGAAGAUGUUGAAGAAGAAGAGGAAGAGGAAGAGGAAGAGGAAGAGGACGAGCAGAGCUUCGACGACGUGUACAGUCAGCUGAAGGAGAACCAUGUCGAGAGGACCAAGUCCGACGCCAAGCCAGCAUCGGGCGAGAUUCUGGCUAAGCUCCCGAGGAAGAUGAGGAAGUCCGCGAGCGUGAAGUCCGCCUUCGCGCACUUCGAACCCGACGACGCCGUGGAGGCGCGCCGGCCGGCGACGGUGAGGGAAGGGAAGGGCAAGUCGGGCGGCCACCCCGAGGCGGCGGACGAGGAGGUCGACGCGAAGGCCGACGACUUCAUCAACAGGUUCAAGAACCAGCUGAAGCUGCAGAGGCUGGACUCCUUCACGAGGUACAGGGAGAUGAUCACCAGAGGGAGCAGCAGGUAAGGGGGAGAGAAGCCGUGUACUUUUUCCUUUUGUCGGGGGCGGUGCUAGUUUUUACAGUCUGUAUUUUAGGGGGUACAUGGAUGGAAUUCGGGCGAUCUUUAGGGCGGUGGUGUUCCUUUCCAUGGGGGUGUAGAUUGAAGUUUGAUCAUCGUGGCGGUACCGGUUGUUGAACUUUUCCCGUUCGAGGAUAAAAUGAAAAUAGGCGCUUACAUCGGCAGCUUUUUCUU